GUGAACGGUUGUAGGCAAAGCCAAAUCUACGGCACUUUGUUGAGAAAGUAACGAACUCCCAGUAUUACUUACUCAAAGUGUUUAUAUUCGACAACGUUAAUAAAAACUACUAUAAUUCAAAAUGUUGCAAUUUAAUUUAAUUGCCGCUGUUUGUGAGAACUUCGGAAUUGGCUUAAAUGGAGACUUGCCGUGGAGUUUAAAGUCAGAAUGGGAAUAUUUUACAAACACAACAAAACGCCGACGUGAUACUGCAAAGCAGAACGUUGUUAUAAUGGGACGGCGUACGUAUUUAAGUAUACCCGAGAAUAAACGGCCGCUUGCAGAACGACUUAACAUUGUUUUAAGCACAACGAUUUUACCAAUUGAGCUUCCUGACAAUGUGCUCUUAUUCCCAAAUCUGGAGACAGCAAUGAAGCACUUGGAGCAAGUAAAUGUAUGCGAAAAUAUUGAAACGGUUUGGAUUGUUGGCGGAAGUGGCGUAUAUAGAGAAGCUAUGUUUUCACCGCGUUGUCACCGCCUCUACAUUACAAGAAUUAAGCAAAAUUUUAAAUGUGAUACAUAUUUUCCCGAAAUACCUAACGACUUCAAACAGAUAGAACCAGAUCUGGAGACUCCAACAGGCAUACAAGAAGAAAAUGGUAUACAAUACGAAUACACAAUUUUACAAAAGUAAUACUACCAAACAAACUAUGAUAUGUACCCAUCAAUAUACAUACAUAAAUAAAUUCUUAUUUAAUUUUGCAAAUUCUAAAU